AAACCGGUCGACUCCGUGGCGACAUGGCGUCAAAGUGACUCACUCCUCGCCGCGGCGAUGUCUCUGCUGCAGGUGGUGUUCGUCGUGGUGGCCACCCUCGUCGUCGUGGCGACCUGCAUGCCCGCGCCGGAGCCUGGCAACUCCGGCCACCACCACACGCACGUGCGCAUCCACGUGCCGACCAAGAUCCACCACGUGCACCACCACCACGUCAAGAAGGUGAAGGUGCCCGUGUACGUCAAGAAGGAGGAGCACCACGAGCUUGGCGGCCACGACCUGGGCCACGACCUGGGCCACAACCUGGGCGGCGGCUACUACAAGAAGAGCGACGACGACGUCGAGGAAGAUGAGGAAGCGGACGAGGAAUGAGCUGCCUCCCCCGGGACCCUUGUGCCGCUGUUGCCGGGGCGUCUGCUUCCUGUUGUUGUUGUUGCUGCUGCUGCAUUGACUGUGAUAUAACGCACAAACACACACACACACACACACACGCACGCACACACACGAGUGAUCACCACUUUUCGCUAUUUUCACACACAAGAUAAAAACAGAAAACUUACAUCAUCAUACCAAAAAUCAUGCACUUAAAGGUUACAAUAAGCAUACAAGUGUUGUGUUUGUGCGACUGUUGUUACCUUAGCAAAUCAGAAAGCCUCAUCUCCUAUUAUUACCCUGUGCCUUACAUGAACCAAAAAAUCAAAAUGUCCAUGACUUUAUUUUUUGUUAUUUUAGUAGUCCAAUAGACACAGACUAGUCUCGAGUUUGCGCUCUCCUGAAUAUAGUUAAUUAUAAUUAUGAUAAAUGUUA